AUGUUACUUCAAGCGACCCCCAGAAAGCUGGCUGAUGCGGCAGUGCACUGGGCAGCUCAACAACUCCUGGGGGAAAAUCUCCCCGACAAAGUGGGAGUCUGUCGACUCGCCUGGGAGGAAGAGACUGAAAGGGUCCUGAUGAAGUGGCUCCAAGACAAUCCCAAGCAGGGAUCAGCCGGCCUUGCGGGGGGACAACAGAAGAACAAGAACAAAGGUCUCCCUCUCCAUGAGCAGGCAAUGAAAGCCAUGUGCUAUGUGCUGAUGCAUGCGGCGGGCACCGAGGAGUGCCCCAUCAGCGAAGAAGGUUGGGUGAAAUGGCAACAACUCGCCGCGCAUCAGUCCUGCAAAAGAUUCCAAAACUGGGCGCUGCUGGAAGCACUCGACCAGGACAAAAAGGACCGACUCGUUGCGAAGCAAGACACUGAUGGAGUCUGGUGGGUCGCGGCCUGGUCGGGCCACACGCAGGAGAGAGUUGUUGGCCCAGCCGCAGUGGUCCCAACCGAGGAACUCCCGGCCUUGCUGGCGCAUGGCAGCUACCGACGUCACACUGCGUCCAUUCAGAAGAAGGGGUUGGUGAGAGGCGACCGAGAUGUCCACUUCCACGACCCCGAGGAACACGCAGAGCGGUGGCGGGUCGACCUCGAAACACGGAUAGAUAUCGAUGUCAAGAAAGCCGUUGACCUUGGAUGCAAGUUCCGGAAGACCGGCAACAAGGUGUGGCUCUGUGAUUCGACAGUACCGCCAGCCGCAAUCAUUAGGAUCACCCCGUGGGACGGCUUACCUGAAGGCAGAAGCCUCGAGGACCGAGAAGAUGAGCAUGGCUCGGCAGCGAGCUCUGCCAAAGCACCGAUGUCAAGCGCUGCGCUGCCCAUCAGGCCCAAAGUGACAGGCAGAUGGGGUCCCAUGCCAGAAGAAGAGAAGAAACCCAUUACCGAAGAGAUCCUAGACGUCGCCAAAGGCCUUGGGAGCAACUUACCCGAGAACUUCGAAGAUGGCCUUGCUGUGGACCUCGCGACCCGAGGAGGAGCACCAGCAGCAGAGGGUGUGCCCAAUGCGCCACCGCCCCCUGGAGAUGCCAAGGGAAUCGAAUACCUUCCACCUAAGGAUCUAGAAAUGAUCACCGAAGGAGACUUACCCAGGCCUCGAAGGCGAAAGGUCAAGUUCGGGGAUGUGCACCUGCAUCUUCUCAAAGCUGUGGCCGACGCCGAC